AUGCUGCCCAUGCCCGAGCCAGACGCCGCCUCGCGCUCGUUCGAGCUGCCGGGCCACAUCCACCCUUGGCUGCGCGCCGUCGUCGCCAUGGGCUUCAUCAGCUUCAUCGCCUCCGUCUCGCUGCUGGUGGUGCUGACGUACAAGCUGGUGGCCUGGCAGUUGCGCUCCAAACGCACAAAUCAGUUCGUCAUUCUCAUCUUCAACCUGCUGUGGGCCGACAUCCAGCAAGCACUGGCUUUCCUCCUCAACGUCGAGUGGGUCCGCUUGGGUUCCGUUGAAAUCAAAAACCCAAUUUGCUUUGCCCAGAGCUGGCUCGUCUCGACGGGCGACAUGGGAAGCGGCGUCUGGUGUCUUAUCAUCGGACUCCAUACCCUGGCCUCUGUCCUCCUCAACUUCCGUCUGAAGCCCCGAGCCUUUUACUUUGGCAUCUUCCUGACAUGGAUCUUUAUCCUUGGGAUUUCCACCAUUCCCGUAUGGAUGUACGGCAAGGGCGUCUACGUUCGGUCCGGCGUCUGGUGCUGGAUCAGCCACGAAAAAGAAGAUCUGCGACUGUGGUGUCACUAUUUCUGGAUCUUUGUCUGCGAGUUUGGCAACGUCUUCGUCUACGCCUUCAUCUAUGCCAUGCUGAUCUUCCGCAUCCGCACUGGCUACUACAAGGCCGAAGAGUCCAAGCGAGUAAGGUCCAUUGCCAACCUCAUGGUUGCAUACCCCAUUGUCUAUGUCAUUUGUACCAUUCCUCUUGCCAGCGCCCGCAUGGCAUCCAUGUCGGGCAGUCCACCCUCACUUGCACGCCUCUGCCUCUGUGGCGCCAUCAUUGCCUCGAGCGGCUGGCUCGACGUCCUCCUCUACACCUGCACCCGCCGCAUCAUGAUAUUCAGCGACGAGCCCCCGCCAGACGAAAACGGCAUGGACACGUUCUCUGCCUUUUGGAUCGAGCAACCCACGCGUUUUGGCGGCGAAUGCACCGUCGAAGCCACAAACACACAUAUAAAGACACGGCGCGGCAAGAGCAAGGGCAAGAUUACACUAUCAUCUAGCUGUGGCAGCGACAGUUCUGACGAUUUAGUCACUGUGGGCAAUACCGACAUCAAGCUCAUCACCACCACUCAAGUCACUAGCGAACCCGCCCAGCCCGCCGACUAUCAAGAAAUGGAGGCCGAAGCACGCAAAGCACGACCUCGCACACCUACCGCGAGAUGGAGUUCAGAUUCGAGCGAUAGCAGGAUUAUCAGCCUGAAAGAACUGUCUUUGCCGCACAUUGAGCCUUGA